GUGUAGUCUUUUACAUAAUACUGGAAGCACAGGUUUGCUGCCGGCUUGACGUGUGUCACAGAGGCGACUGUGUGAAUCCGGAGACUGUGUGAUUAGCAGUUUGUUGAAGCCUUCAGGGACUCAGACACAAGAAGGCAGUCGCCACUGCACCUAGACAUGACAGAGACGUGCUAACAGUAAAGACAUGAGUCACUGAGUGAAGCUGUGAGAACCAAAGUCUCCAUCAAGGGAUCAGUCACCACAGUUGGAGCGAUACAGCAGACAGAAUACCCAAGGAGUGCAGAAGUCUGAGAAACAUGAUGUGCUCGUUGAACAGAGAGAUAUCUGAUACCAUCAGAAAGAGUUGAUCUGCCACAGCAACUGCCACUCCGGCGGCAUGCCAGUCAUUUGCGUGACCAGACCAAAGAUCCAAAGUGAAGCCACCUAAUCUGCAUCAACUUAAACCAAGUGGCAGAGUUGUCUCCUGAUCUCUGGAGCAGUGAUGAGGUCACUAGGAAGCCUGCAUCUUGCUCUGCUGUUGGCCCUGACCUCGGUGGCUGCAGACCUCAAUAUUCCAAUGGAAGUGGAGCAGCUUCCAACAAUAACAACUCAAACAACCAGUCCUGUUAUUGUCAACCCUUUAGACAACACUAUUACUAUACAAUGUGAAGCCAAGGGCAACCCACCACCAGAGUACAGAUGGAUGAAAGAUGGCCUCAGCUUCACCCCUCCCGACCUCACCACGAUGAAAACAAACAACAAAAGUGGCACUUUCAUUCUGCAUCAGAAAGACUUCAGCCAUUUUGAGGGUAAAUACAGAUGCUUCGCUUCUAACAGGUUGGGGACCGCCAUGACCAAAGAGAUCAACCUUAUAGCUCACGGCAUGCCCAGGUUUCCAAAGGAGAUAAUUGAGCCCAUUGUUGUCGAGGAGGGACAGCCAAUCAUCCUGAGGUGUGACCCCCCCUCAGGAUUUCCCCCACAUCAGAUCUAUUGGAUGACUAUUGGUCUUCAGCAGAUUGAGCAGGAUGAUAGGGUUUCCAUGGGGACUGAUGGAAACCUGUACUUCUCUCAUGCCUUACAGAGCGACAGUCGCAAGGACUACUGCUGCUUUGUUGAGUUCACCCGAAUUCGCACCAUUGUCCAGAAAACUCCCACGGCUAUAGUGGUCAAGGCCUUGGCUGACCCACCUGCGAGAAAGCCCAGCCUUCUGCUGCCCCCUGGUGUUCAGACUGAGAAAGUGCUGUUGAAGGGACAGACGCUGGAGCUGGAGUGUUUUCCAGAAGGACUACCGACUCCAAAGGUGGAGUGGAUGAAGAUGGGAGGAGAGAUGCCCCGAAGGGCAGAACUUCACAAUUUUGGAAAGAUGCUGAGCAUAUCGACUGCAGAAGAGAAUGAUGAAGGGAAGUACAUGUGUAAGGCCAAAAACUCAGCUGGAGUUGUCGUUCACUACUUUGAUGUCAUAGUGGAAGAGCCGCCUGAGUGGUUGACAGGACCUCCUCCGAGCCAGCUGAGCGCAGUCGGGUCUGAUGUUCACAUUAAGUGCUCGGUCACCGGAAAUCCAACGCCAGAAAUAAUCUGGAGGAGGAACAGCGAGAUAUUCAAAGACGACCCGCUUAAUGAAAGGCGAGUGUUAGACGACACGGUGGUGCUGCAAAACGCCAUGCCAGAUGACACCGCCAUCUACCAGUGUGAAGCUUCCAAUCGCCAUGGCAGCAUUCUGGCCAACGUUAACGUCAUGAUCCUCAAUUUGGCUCCUCUGAUACUGACGAGGGACUUUCAGGAGUACGCCGUGGUACGAGGAGGAAACAUCACCGUUAACUGUCAGGUUUUCAGCUCUCCGCCUUCGAACAUCUCCUGGGCCAAAGCUGAGACUCCAGAAACCAUUGAGGGGGAACGAUUCAUUUUUCUUCCGAAUGGAUCAUUUCAGAUCAUCGGUGCAGAAAAAAAUGACAGCACAGACUACGUGUGUGUCGCAGUUAACUCAGAGGGGAAGGCAGCUAUCACAGUGGCACUGAGAGUGAAAGAGCCUACAAAAAUAGUUGACUCACCAAAGGACGUGCAGGUCAUCAGUGGGACGACAGCUCAGCUGACGUGUCGAGCAGAGUACGACAAAAGUCUGCAGGACACGUUUGAGGUGGUGUGGUUGAAAAAUGGGAACGAGAACCUACUUUCUGCUAAAGGAAAUUCCAGGUACACCGUGGAAAGUGGCACACUACAGAUCAUGACCGUGAACCAGAGUGAUCAAGGAACGUACACGUGCGUAGCCAGAACCAGCUUGGAUGAAGACAACACCACGGCCUUUCUGACAGUCCUGGAUGUUCCUGAUGCACCACAAAAUGUAAUAAUAACUCAGCUGGAGACUGAGUGGAGUAUUCAGCUGUCCUGGGAACCGGGGAGUGACCACAACAGUUCUGUAACAGAAUUUAUUGUGGAAUAUGAGGAGAGCCAAUGGGAGCCAGGCAGGUGGAAGAUGCUGCAAAAAGUCCCCGGUAACCAGGCAACUGCCAGGCUGGCACUCCAUGGACACCUUAACUACCAGUUCAGAGUGUAUGCUGUUAACGCCGUGGGACCUGGACCCCCAAGUGAGCCCACCUACACAUACAAAACCCCCCCUGCUGCUCCUGAUAGAAACCCAGAAAACAUCCAAAUUCAAGGCCCCAUGCCUCAUCAAAUGGAUAUUAGCUGGGAGCCGCUGUUACCUGUUGAACACAACGGUCCUGGUCUGGAGUACCAGGUGAGCUACAGGAUCCUCGGGCUGGAAGAUGUCUGGAAGCAACAUCUGGUCAAAAGACAUUCAUUUUCUGUGAAGAACACAUCUACGUUUGUCCCAUACGAGGUCAAAAUCCAGAGCAGGAACAGCUACGGCUGGGGUCCAGAACCUAAAAUCGUCACGGGUUACUCUGGAGAAGACGUCCCAACCGCGGCGCCACAGAACGUAGCGGUGGAGGUGAUCAACACCACCGUGCUGAGAGUGAGCUGGACACAGGUUCCGCUGGCUUCAGUGCGCGGUCAUCUGGGGGGCCACAAUGUCCACUGGUCACGGAGACGGAGUCUUCUCAAUCCCAGCAAAACUUUAGAUGAGCGUCACUCCCUAACCUUCCCUGGGAAGAGGAGUCACAUAGUCAUACCGGGGCUGAAAUCGUUCUCCGAGUACAGACUCACCGUCAAUGUCUUCAACAAGAAGGGCAACGGGCCCGGCAGUGACCCUGUCAUCUUCAGCACUCCAGAGGGAGUUCCUGAACAGCUGCCCAUCCUGACUGCUUCCAACGCCCAGAAAGACUCCAUUUUGCUGGUAUGGGGUCCACCGCUGCAGGCCAACGGCAUGCUGACUGGAUAUCUGCUGCAGUACCACCUCAUUAAUCAGACCACACUGGAGGUGGUUGAUUCCCAAGAGAUGAACAUCAGUGGCGCUGACACCACUCAGUGGCAGCUUCAGGGCUUAGAAGAGGGGAGCCGCUACCUUUUCCAGUUGAGUGCCUGUACCCGAGCUGGCUGUGGCCCCCCGGUGGCCGAGGAGAGCACCACCAUUCGCCUAGAAGUUCCAGCCCUGUUGAACAUAAGCUCCUACGUGAGUGACACCUUUGCCAAAAUCAGCUGGACUGCCAGAGAAGAGCAACAGGACUCGCAGCUUUAUGUGGCUUAUAUGAAUAACCGUGAUGGUAACUGGCGGUUUUCUGAAGCUGUAAACACCUCUCAAAGCUUCCACAUAAUUGACGGACUCAAACCCGGGAUGGUGUACACGGUGCGCCUCAUGGCUAAGAGCCUCCUUGAUAAUGCUAGCAUUUUUGAAGACAUUAUCCAGACCCAGGUCAAAGGUAUUGCCAGUCGGCAGAACAACAUUUCAACCCAGGGCUGGCUCAUUGGGACCAUGUGUGCUGUGGCGCUGCUCACCCUGAUCGCCCUCAUUGCCUGCUUUUUGCGGAGAAACAAAGGCGGCAAGUAUGCAGGUAUGCCGCUGCCCCCCCAGCGACAAGACAUGUUCUCCAUGGAUCAAGUGAAAGAGAAGGAGGACCUCCAUCCUGACGUGGAGUCUCAAGAAAUGAAUGACGACACCUUCUGUGAAUACAGCAGUGACAGCGACGAGAAGCCGCUAAGAGGCAGCAGCUUGUGCUCGCUGGAUGAUGGCGACAUCAACGCGGACAGCCUCAGCGGAGACAGCCUGGUUGACUAUGCUGACGGAGCAGGAGAAUUCAAUGAGGAUGGCUCAUUUAUCGGAGAAUAUUCUGGACAAAACUACAGAGGCUCCAUCACCGAGCCCAGUGGACCCAACCCAGUCACUGCAUGAAGCCUCAAAGACUUCCAAGAUACUUUUAAAAUUCAGCUUCCCUGGCUUUAAACAUGACUUAAAGAGACGUAAAAACGUCUCAUAACUGCAGACUGGAAAGUUACUUCAGUGUUCAAGAUUCUCUCACUGCUAAGGAGGUUUUCAUCAUUUAUGCGUUUCGAUAAAACAGAUUUCAGUUAAAUUUGCCUUCUGACUGGUGGAAUAUUCAGCAUUCUCCUGCAGACAGAAUCACAUGUGAAAUUAAUCCAGUACAGUCACUUUCCUUUGAUGUGCAUUACUGUGUAUGUUAUGUCCAUGCUGAACAGACAUUUUUCCCAAUCACUUUUUAUAUGCAAAUAUGUGAAAGUUGAUGUGUUGCUGUGUUUUUAUAUCAAACGUGAUUUUUGAACUUUGUUUUAUUUGCUGUUUGUUUUGUCUUUUGGCUGCGGGGUGGCCACUGAUCUGCACUGAGAUUUAGUGUAAGCUUUUAAUGCCUGAUGCAACUCCAGUUCUACAUGGAGAAA